ACGAAUUAUUAAUGAAUGGCUUCAAAUUUCUCCCUAUAAAUGGACAUGGUAAAUUGAGUUACGGCCAGGCCUGAAGUAUCUCAGACAAAGUUGAAUUAAGCAGCAUGGCUGGUUUUAACUUUCUCUUGGUAUGUAAAUUGGCAGCAAUUGUUGCUACCUUUGUCCCUAUACAUGCACAAGCACAACUCAGUCCCAAUUUCUACGAUCAGCUGUGCCCCGCUGCAUUACCGACCAUCAGAGACGUCACCAGCCAGGCCGUUCUACAACAGCCACGCAUAGCACCAGCACUGCUCCGUUUGCACUUCCAUGACUGCUUUGUCCAAGGCUGUGAUGGAUCGAUUCUCCUGGAUGACACCCCCGGCUUCACUGGUGAAAAAACAGCCUUACCCAACUUGAAUUCUGUCAGGGGUUUUGAUGUAGUUGACCGUAUCAAAACAGCAGUUAAUGCUGCUUGCGGAGGCAAUGUUGUCUCAUGCGCCGAUAUCUUAGCUGUUGCAGCUCGUGAUUCCGUUAACCUUCUGGGGGGUCCUAACUACACAGUUUUAUUGGGGCGAAGAGAUGCAAGAAAUGCAAGCAGGGAUGAGGCAAAUAGCAGGCUUCCUCCCCCGUUUUUCAAUUUCACUCAGCUUCUUGCCAACUUCGAAUCCCAGGGUUUAGACGGAAAGGACUUGAUUGUCCUGUCCGGCGCCCACACCAUGGGAUAUGCUAGGUGCACCACCUUCCGUGGCAGGAUUUACAACGAUUCCAACAUAGAUCCCAACUUUGCUGACUUACGAAAGCAGACUUGCCCAAUGAGUGGAGGAGAUAACAAUACAGCGCCACUUGAUGUUGCAACUCCAAUACGAUUUGAUACACAGUACUUCAGGGGUUUACUACAAUUUAAGGGCCUCCUCCACUCUGAUCAAGAGCUCUUUACUGGGAAUGGUGCUGCUGGUGAUGCCCUCGUGCGAUACUACAGUAGUAAUACUGAGGCCUUCUUUGCGGAUUUUGGCGCUUCCAUGAUUAAGAUGGGUAAUCUGCGUCCUCUUACCGGCGCUAAUGGAGAAAUCCGGCAGAACUGCAGGAGAGUUAAUUAAA